CAACAGAGACCUUUUUUAUCUGACGUGCCACUGGCUGCAAUUAUAUUCUGCUACGAGCGACCCUACCUGAUCUUCUCAGUUCAAUGUCAACUUCACCGAAUUGGCAUUAUUGAAAUCCUCUUGAGCCUUGCUGAGCUUGCGAGUCAUUCGUCCUAAAGCAGGGCUGCGGCGCAGCAAACCACGAAUCGGAAUACCUUAAUAUAUAAGAUCCCAGCGACCCAGGGAGGAUGCUCAAAAAAGUGGGCACAGACACGGCGGGAAUACCCCUCACGGAUGAUGUCGACACACAAAUCAAUCAGGAGGAUGCCAUCAAAUACUGGUCUUCAACCGCCCCGACAGUGGACGGUAUGCUUGGGGGCUUUCCUCAAGUCUCCUCCAUAGAUCUACGCGGCUCGCUCGCCUUUCUGACAAAGCUUCAACGAGCUUCCAAGCAGCACCCUACCACAAAGCUACUCACCCGUGUAGUCGAUUGCGGCGCAGGCAUUGGCCGCAUCACUACCGGUCUGUUGGUCGAUGUCGCGGAGACUGUUGAUAUUGUCGAGCCAGUGAAAGAAUUCACAGAUCGAUUUGAGGCGCUGGAAGAGUACAAGGUGUUGAAAGAGAAAGGCAAGAUUGGUGAUAUCAUUGUGCAAGGGCUGCAGACAUGGACGCCAGUGCGAAAUUACAGUGUAAUCUGGAACCAAUGGUGCCUCUGCCAGCUCAAAGAUAAGCAAGUGAUCGACUACCUGAGAAGAUGUACGCCGUACCUUGAACCUGGCGGCUGGAUCAUAACGAAAGAGAACGUUCUACGGGGCCUCGAAGACCAGGAUGAGUUCGACAAGCUGGAUUCGUCCGUAUUGCGCUCAGAGACAAAAUUCAAGCACCUCUUCGAAGAAGCAGGGCUCAAAAUCGUCGCCACCCAAUAUCAGAAAGGAUUUCCAGCCGAUCUCUAUCCAGUUCGGAUGUGGGCACUACAAGCAAAAUGAGCUUGGAAUCGAUGCUGGGUAAUACAACUUAACUCGCAAUGUUGAGUGAGCUCUGUCAAGUGUCAUACUUGUUGGCAUGGUCACAAUGCCGUCUUUGAAAGCCACAAACAGCUUGAGUCCCAGACUUUGCAUUGCCAGUCGCCGACAUCGAAUAUCGCGAUGGAGACACAAUAUCGUCUUGCGCUAAGUCUCCGCGAAUUGCGACCAUACUGUACACAUAUUGGAACGCUCGGGGAAAUUGAUUCUAUCACCCAUGACUUCCUACGAAUCCCAAGCCCAGUGUGUACUCACUGUCAUCGCCUUCUGCAUGGUCCAAGAUGUAUAAUACUUCAACGUCAAUCGAGCUGAUUGAUGCUCGUAACUCAUCACUGGUCUGGCAAUUAAUAGUCAGUAACAGCA